UAUAUACUUCACCUUACCCCUUUCAUCUUUCUCACCUCAUUCACUCUCACUAUCACUCAAACUCACACUCUUUAUUCUUUCCUACAAAAAAAAAAAAAAAAAAAAAAAAAAAAAAAAAAAAAACACAAAAGUUGUUAUGACUCGUACGUACAGAUUCCUAUCCAACGUUGUUACGGCGGAAUCACCCGAAGAAGCCUCGAUAAAAUCCGAUUUCGUCUUCAUCCUCGCUGCUCUACUAUGUGCUCUAGUUUGUGUUGUAGGCUUGAUAGCUGUAGCGCACUGCGCUUGGCUUCGACGUAGAGCGAUGGCCAAUCGUACACCUGGCCAUGCGUCCUCAGCAGCAGCUAAUAAAGGAAUUGAGAAGAAGUACGUAGACACGAUCCCUAAGUUCCCAUACGAUUCUUCGGCUAAGAAAGCGAACAACAACGAUGAUUGUGUGAUCUGUUUGGUGGAGUACGCAGACGGAGAUGAGAUCCGAGUGUUGCCACAGUGUGGACACGGGUUUCACAUCGGAUGUAUUGAUAAGUGGCUUGGCUCGCACUCGUCGUGUCCGUCGUGUAGACAGAUUGUGGUGAUCGAUAAAUGCAAAAAGUGCGGAGGGUUUCCGAAGAUUACAGCCGGAAAUAUUUUGAUUGUCACCGAACAUGAACAUAGUGAUGGUGGUUCUGGUUCUGGUUCGGUUAGUAAGUAGAUGGAAGUUAAUUGGUUAGUAAUGGCCAAUGAGGCCAGAAAUACGAUGUAUAUAUUUUUAUAUUAUAUUGAUAAAGUAUGUUUGCCUAUCUCCAAAAUAUCUAAUAUGUACGCGCUAAAAUCUUCGGAUGAUCUAUAUUUUUUACUUUUUAUGACCUAACAUGUAAUUUUAGAAUGAGUUAAA